AUGGGAGCCUCGGAGUCGAAGUUAGUAUUCAAACAGGGAAUCUUUCGACUGUCGGAGGAGAACCAGAUUGCUGGAGACGAUCCUUACUGGACUAGAUUCUGGGAGCUCCCCGAAUCGACGGAGGAUGUGUUCAGCCUCUUUACACCAGCGGAUAUUCGGCGGACCCGCGAUCAAGCAUUACCGAACUUUGAAACUCUACUACUCUCUAUAACGUCUCGCUUGACGGCGCUGAAAAACCAUCCUUCUUUCCCUGACCCUGACCUCGCCCCCGGCCGAGAUGCGCUCAACUGUAUUCGCAUUCUCACACGCCUCCUUCCGUACGUGUACGAAGCCGAGCAUCUCGAAGAAUGGGAGGAGAAGUUUUUCUGGACUACUCGGAGGAAGAAGACCAGAGAGGCCCAGCUAGCCACGGAUGUGCUUUUUGAUGAAGCGCAGUCGGAAGAGGGGCAGGAACCUCCGAGCACUCGGACUCAGGAUUACGAAGACAUGAAGCCCUUGACUGAGGAGUUGAUUGAUACUCUCAUGGAUCUACUAUUCUUCGCAGAUUUCACGAUACCAAAACUUCCCUCCGCAAAGUCCAAGGUUUCGUACUCGAUCUGGCAGAGCGGCGUUGGUUGCAAUACUUCGAUGGGCUCGAGCAGGGAAUUUGAGAACAAUCGCUGCGAAAUCCUUCGCUUGCUGCUUACAAUAACCGGGAAAUCAAUGUACAUGUCUUCCAGCUUGCUACCGGUUCGGGGUGUCAGAGCCAUCACACACAUUACCAGUUGCCAGGAGAAACAGGCAGUUUUGACGCUGCUAUGUUCACUCUUGAACACAGCAAUCAAGUACAACCCUGCCUCGUGGAGAGUUCCCUAUGAUCAUGUCGUGUGGAAAGACCCUAGACAAAUCUUGGUUAUUUACAGUCUUCAAUUCCUCCUCGUGCUCCUUUUAUACCCGGUACCGGAGGAUGGUCGCGGAACUCCACCGAAGAAUCAUUAUCGUCACUACUUUGGCCGGUUGCACAGGCCGCAGGAUUUUCAAUUCCUCGUGGACGGCAUGACAAGGAUUUUGAAUCAGCCCAUGCAAGCUACAACUGCAUACCUUCCUGGCAGCCAAAAAUCGGUAAAAUGGGCACCAGAGAUGCUGGUCCUCUUCUGGGAAGCUCUGCAAUGCAACAAACGAUUCAGAUCCUUCAUCAUCGACUCGAACCGAUCCCACGAUUUCAUAAUUCUUUGUAUAUUUUAUGCCAUCACCUACAAGUCCGAUCCGGCAAAACAGGGUGUUGUUCGGAUGUGUAUAUUCAUUCUACAAACCAUGAGCGUCGAGCCCAACUUUGGAAAGAGUUUGAACAAGACAUUUGAAGCCCAAGACACGCUUCCACAGACGAUACGGAUACCUGGCUUUAAGGGGACUUAUGGUGAUUUUCUGCUUAUUUCCAUUCACACAUUGAUAACAACAAGCAAAGGCAAGCUAAACGCGGUGUAUCCGGCUCUUCUCGCUGUCAUCAACAACUUGGCUCCUUAUGUGGAGAACCUGUCUCCUGAAACAUGCUCAAAAAUCCUGCAGCUUUUCUCGUCAAUGGCUGCACCCAGCUUUCUGUUGGCUAAUGAGACGAAUCAUGCCCUACUUGCCUCUAUACUCGAAUCUAUCAACGCAAUUCUGGAACAUAAGUUCGCAGAAAAUCCAUAUCUUGUGUAUGCCAUUCUAAAGCACCGGAGACGAUUCGAAGCUGUCCGGGAAUUCACUCUUGAGAGUGGUCAGCAAGAGAUCGAACGGCAGAAUGAACGGAGAAAGGCCGAGAAUCGUGACUCUCUCGCCAGCCCAGUCCUCUCUGCAUCCGAAGACGACCCAAGCCUUUCUUCUGGUGCGCGGUCACCUCUUGGCCGUAUUCCUGAGGAGAACAGCAGCCCAUUUGCCAUCGGUGGAGAUGACUCGGAUGAUGAGGGCGAAGGACAGCACACACCCGCACAGGAUUCGGUUUCUGUUCAAACAUCUCGUAGACAAUCCGUGUCAUCGUCCGUCGCUGAGGAGAGUGUCCCGUUGCAACUUCGCGGAAUGUCAGAAAAGGCCCGAGGCAAGAUGCCUGCGGGACAACCUACCUUUUCAAGACAAAACAGUAUGACAAGCCAGAGCAGCAUGUCAGCUGCCCUAGCGCCCUCUGCGAGUGGCUUCACCCCAACUACAGCUUGGCUCGAGUCCUGGCUACCCGAAUUGCCUCUCCAUACAAUCCUAACGAUCAUCUCAGUUAUUGUUCCGAACGUGCCGGCACCGGCACUUCAAUCCUCAUCUAGUGCUGAGGCCCGCGCGCUAAUCUCCAAGCUCAACUCAUUCGUGCAAGAUCCGAUGAUCCAGAGCAUCAUCUCAGACCCUCCCUCAGCCCGUGUUCAUUCCUUUGAAUGGUCAGCACUAUCAAUGGGAUGGUAUGAAUCGCUGCUGUGGGGGUUCAUUUUCUCUGCGGAGAUGGUCGUGGGUUCUGCAUCUGGCGCUACACCUGGUACGGUCGGUGUUUGGAAUGGAACAUCAAUCAAAUUAUUCAAGGUCCAGGAAGCGGCGGCACAGGGCCCUACGUUACUCGCACCCAAGGGCGCGGUUGAUGCAGUGGGGAGCAACUUGGUGCAGCGAAUCGGGAACCUCAGCCUCCGGCGAAGCAGCACGCAGGCGGAGUCGCAGAACAACUCGAGGCCUCCGUCCGUUCGCGAAGUGUAG